AUGGCGUCGGAACACGCCGUGACCCAGGCCUUACUGGAAUGGAUCAACAGCUUUUCCCUGGGCAAAACACUCCGGGCCACGGAGGACCUGACGGACGGCAUCAUUCUCUGGGAGAUCCUCCAGGACAUUGACCCGCAGUACUUCCUGGACGAGAUCCCCGAGCGCAACCCCGGCGAGCACUGGGUCGCCAAAUGGCAGAACCUAAAGCAUAUCUACAAACUCCUAUCCAGCUACAUUCGGCACCAGAACAACGACACAAUCCCGCCCGGCCUAGACCCGUCCCCCGAUCUCGAAGCCAUUGCGGAGAAGGCAUCCGCAAAGGAAACGAACAAGCUGCUCAAAAUCCUCUUGAUCGCCGCCAUCUACUCGCCAAAUGCCGCGACGUACGUACAAACACUCCAGGAGUUGAGCACCCCAACCCAAGAGGCUCUCAAGGAGAUUAUCCAGGAAGCGCAGGAUGGCGAGCAUGAACCUCUCGAUGGGGUGGAUGAUCUCAAAGAAGAGCUGGCCAAGGCCGAUCCCCCGGUAGACAUCGAGCUCAAGUUCGAGGAGCGUGUAGGGAAAGUGUUGGCGGAGAAUGACCGUCUCACGCAGGAUAAAAAGGAGUUGCAGAAGGACCUCGGUGAUAUGCACGACCGACUGGCCCGCUUGCAAGAGAACAACGACACUCUUCAGAAUCGCCUGGCCUCAACCGAAGAUCGCCUAGUGACCUUGAAAUCGGGAAAGGGCGACCUCGGGUUCAAUGCGAAGGCGUUGGAGAGCAAGACUCGUCAGCAGGAUGACCUGAUUGCAGCCCAAGAGGAAAAACUUUCGAACGCUCAGGAUGAAAUCGACAGUCUUCGCAUGACGGUGGAGUCCUUGAAGGUCAAGAAUCAGCGUUUCCAAAAGUUGCAGGAUGACUAUGAUGAGCUUCGGACCGACCGUGAUCAGUUGGCGCGCAAAGCAAACGCCGCCGAAAAAUAUCGCCAGAAGCUCCAGGCCAGCCAAGAUUUUGAAAAAGAGAACUCGACCCUCAAGAAUCAGAUCAAGGAUCUGCAACAGCAAUUGAAGGAGUCGGACUCCCAGCAGAGAUGGACAUCUGAACGGGAUGUGGAACUGGAGGAGUAUCGCAAGCUUCUUCCGCAAUUGGAGCAAGAGUGCAACGAGAUUCAAAAUCUCAAGAAGCAACUGGAAUUUAACAACCACGCACUUACCGAGCGGCUAGAGAGUGCAGAGGAGCAACACGAAAGAGAUGAUGCUCUGAUCAGUGAGCUUCGCGAACGGCUCGGUGAGCUAGAGGGCUUACCGGGCAGCUCGUCACCGGGCUCUGAAACCCCUAAAAUGCAGGGGACCCUCCAAAAGGAUUUCGAGGCGAUUGGAAUGCGAGAAUCGCAGCUUAAAUCGGAGAAUGAUGAGUUGAAACGGGAAUUGGAAAAGCCACCCUCUACGACUCUCGGGUCGCACUCGGAAGGAUUCUCUGAAAGCUUCAAUACAUCUGUACAACUUGCGCGUGCCAACUCUACGCAAAGCGACGAUUACUGGAAGUUGUAUGAAACGUAUACUAGCAACCUGAAGAGGAUUGCAGAGAUUCAGGAUACCCUGGAUACUACCAAGAAAGAAUUAUCAGAUGCGCAAACCCAGAUUGGUCUCCUCGAUCACGAGAAGGCAGAUAUGCUCCGUGAAAUGGAAGAGCACAGUUCGGCUGAGCUGUCUAAGCUCCGUGGUGAAUGGGACAAUCUGACACAGAAUGUGCACCACCUGGAGGCUGAAGUGGACGCCAGUCAAACAUUGGUCCGUGAAGUAUGCGCCGAGCGAGAAGAUCUGCGCAAAAUGCUCGAGCGAAAGCAGAACGAGAUCAGCGCCGAGGACCAAGAAGUGAUGACUGAGAUGCAAAUGCUUUUGGGUGAAUUCGAGACCCACAACAGUGAGGGCGGUGAUACGCCCCAAAAGUCGAGCUUCGAGCUCCUGAAACAGUGUGCGGGUGUGCUAGAAAAGAAUGUCGAGCGUCUUGCUCAGCGGGCAGAGUACAUCCAGCAGCAAAAUGAGCUCAUCAAGUCUCUGCGCGAGCGCAUGAAGAACUAUGAAGAGAAUCUCGACGAUGGUAUCCCUAAGGAGCGCGAAAUUGAGCUCCAAAGGAUCAUCGACGACCAGGCCCGGGAACUUAGCCUCGUAAGCUCAGCCUGGUACCAUCUCCAGAGCCGAUGGCAAAACAAUAACAUGACUGUCUCUCGGUUCCGACACGGAGCAAACACAGCGGAUCUCCGUGGCUGGCUAGCCAAACAGCGAAGUGCGGUCGCUGGCCAGUAA